AUGUUGGACUGGAUGAAAGGGAACGAGGGCAAUGUUGCAGAUACCUCCAAGGUGCUGGAACCGCCCGAGACCCCGGCUCCCGUGUUCGCGAUGCGCGCCUUCAAGAGCGCCUUGUUUGGAACACCCGCUGUAGAAGAGGAGGAGGAAAAGCGCGCAUCACAACCAAAGCCGCCUGGUCAUCAACGCAGCAAGAGCGACACAACUAAUCCCAUCCCUAUUGAGAAGAAGGAAGCCCCGAAACUCGACCCCGACGCGACCUUUAACCCCUCGGGUUCCCCGACCAAGAGUAUCCUUGUGACUCCCGGAACAAUCGCGAACCGACGCAAGACUGUCUCCUUUGGUGAGGGUGUCGUUGAUAACGAAGGUAAACGCGACGCUCGCGUUACGAAAACGCCUCCUAAUCCUGCGGGCAAUAUCACAACACAAUGGAUGUCAGGGUCAGCUGAUGGCAAGCCACGAAGCAAGCUCACUCAGACACUGCUUGAUGCGCGGGAUAACGCGAACAAUAAUGCUGAAUCACCGACCAAGUCUGCGACAGCUUUCACAUCGGACACGAAGACUGUCUCACGAUCCCAAUCCAAGGAUGAAGUCGAAGACAUCACCCUCAACUUGGAUGAGCCACGUUCAGAGUCGGGCAAAUACUGGAAGACGGAAUUUGACGCCUAUCGAGUUCGGACUAACCGAGAAAUCAAAAAGCUGAUUCACUAUCGGUCAGUCGCCAAGUCUUAUGCUCGGAAGAAGGAUUCGGAGUCUCUGCGGCUGGCAGACAAGCUGCGAGAGGAAGAGGAGAAGGUGGUGGAGAUGGAGCACCAGGUCUCACGACUUGCCGCCGCAAUUGCUGGGGAGGGAUCUCAGGCUGGCAAGGAAGGAUUGAUCCAAGAUCUCACCAAGCAGACUACCUUGGCGCUCCAGUACAAGCAGCAAGUCUCGUCUCUGCGCAGGUCGCUCGAGCAACAAGGGGUUGUCAAAUGCGAUGUGGUCCAAGCUACUGAGUCAACCAAGGAAGAGCAACAUUCAGACAGUUCAUCGGAGCUACGUAAAGUGCAACAGGAGCUGAAGCAAGCGAACGCUCAAAUCGAGGAAAUGAAGCGGCAAAGCUCAGACCUUAGCACACUUCGAAACCUCGCGCAAAGCUCAGAAAAGAAAGCGCAAGAUCUCAAAAAGGAGAACCACUCUCUCAAACAAACCCUGGCGCGCGUCAAGCAAGAAAUGUCGAGAUACGAAGGCCGGCGCAAGGAGAAGGAAACGAAACUCAAGCAGAGAGAGGCCAAAUUGGAAGCACGGAUCCAAGAGUACCGAGAACGUUUGAAGUCAGCCUCCCAAGAGCACCGUGCAUCAGAGGAGGCGCUGCGUACAGAUUUCGAGGAAGAGCGCCGUGGAAUGCGAAAGCAGAUCGACCUCUUGAAGCUACGUUCUGCCGGUACAGAGCAUGGCCCGACUCUACGUCCCCAGCAACGCCAUUCCUCAAGCCCGCGCAAAGAGUAUUCGGGGGUGCACGUGUACGACUUUGCAGGCAAAGACCACCCAGAGAUCGAAGAAGAAGCCACCGAGGACAUUGAAGCACCUCCAAGCCCAAGCCCUCGCUCCAAGGGACGACAAACCCGCAGUGCGACGACAGGCGCUCUGGAUCUGAGAAGAGUUCGGGAUGUCGCCGCAGAUGAUGACGAGGUUACGCAUUAUCUGAACCAGAUCCUCCCCAAGCCACAUCAGGGCGUGCAUACAGAGCAGGACGCAAUCCCACCCUCGUCACCGCCGGACAUCGCACCUGUAAAAUCCCUCAGUCGCAGCCACACGAAGUACCAGUCCAUUCGGGAUGGCCAGCGCUCGUAUCGCUCUCUAUACUUGCGUGACCCCGACAACACGGAUGGAGGAAACGCACAGCACUCACGACCCCAUAUCAAGUCCACCUUAGAUUCAAUUUCGGGCCUACCUGCUACACGGGCCAACUAUGCCGGAUACACCAUUUCCGCCGGUGAACGCGGCACACGACGUGGACUAGCCGAUAUGAGAAGCGACAUGCUCUCACCAGAGAGAGUGGCUGCAGCUAAAUCGAGGCUCAAGCAGAAGCACGAUAGUCGAAAGUCAAAGGCAUUGCUUGGAAAAGAGAAUUUCUAG